AUGGCUUACACAGAUGCCUUUGAGAACACGUCGACCAGCGUGGCCGCGGCUCAGAUGCGAAAUGCCUUGACCAACCUCGCCGAGACGGUCGAGGACACCGAGCAGAAGAAGCUGUUCGAGACGGAGAUGGACAACUUCUUUGCCCUCUUCCGCCGCUAUCUCAACGACAAGGCCAAGGGCAACGCCGUUGACUGGGACCGCAUCGCCCCGCCUGCCCAGGGCCAGGUCGUCGACUACGAGGACCUUGCCAACUCCGAGUCGGUCAAUUUCCUCAGCAAGCUCGCCGUUCUCAAGCUCAACGGUGGCCUCGGCACGUCAAUGGGUUGCGUCGGCCCCAAGUCGGUCAUCGAAGUCCGCGACGGCAUGUCCUUCCUUGACCUCUCGGUCCGCCAGAUCGAGUAUCUGAACCGCACCUACGACGUCAACGUGCCCUUUAUCCUCAUGAACUCGUUCAACACCAACGACGACACCGCCGCCAUCAUCAAGAAGUACGAGGGCCACAACGUCGACAUCCUCACCUUCAACCAGUCCAGAUACCCCAGAAUCCUCAAGGACUCGCUCCUGCCUGUCCCCAAGGACUUCAAGUCCUCCAUUACCGAGUGGUACCCCCCGGGCCACGGCGACGUCUUCGAGUCCCUCUACAACUCGGGCAUCCUCGACAAGCUCAUCGAGCGCGGCAUUGAGAUCAUCUUCCUCUCCAACGUCGACAACCUCGGUGCCGUCGUCGACCUGCGCAUCCUGCAGCACAUGGUGGAGACCAAGGCCGAGUACAUCAUGGAGCUGACCAACAAGACCAAGGCCGACGUCAAGGGUGGCACCAUCAUUGACUACGAGGGCUCCGUUCGUCUGCUUGAGAUUGCCCAGGUUCCCAAGGAGCAUGUCAACGAGUUCAAGUCGAUCAAGAAGUUCAAGUACUUCAACACCAACAACAUCUGGCUCAACCUCAAGGCCAUCAAGCGCGUCGUCGAGAACGACGAGCUCGAGAUGGAGAUCAUCCCCAACGGCAAGACCAUUCCCGGCGACAAGAAGGGCGAGUCGGACAUUUCCAUCAUUCAGCUCGAGACGGCUGUCGGCGCCGCCAUUCGCCACUUCAAGAAUGCUCACGGUGUCAACGUGCCGCGUCGCCGCUUCCUGCCCGUCAAGACGUGCUCGGAUCUGAUGCUGGUCAAGUCGGACCUGUACACCCUCAAGCACGGCCAGCUCCAGAUGAGCGCCGCCCGCUUCGGCGACGCCCCUCUCAUCAAGCUCGGCGGCGACUUCAAGAAGGUUUCCGACUUCCAGAAGCGCAUUCCCUCGAUCCCCAAGGUCCUCGAGCUCGACCACCUGACCAUUACCGGCGCUGUCAACCUGGGCCGUGGCGUCACGCUCAAGGGCACCGUCAUCAUCGUGGCCACCGAGGGCAGCACCAUCGAUAUCCCCCCGGGCUCUAUCCUGGAGAACGUGGUGGUUCAGGGCAGCUUGCGCCUGCUGGAGCAUUAA